UUUUCCUCUUAAAUGUCAUUAUUACAUACUCACACCUACUCCAACUCUCUUUCCUUGAAACACCUCUCUCUCUCUCUCUCUCUCUCUCUCUCUCUCUCUCUCUUUAUACUCUUCUCUAUAUAUAAACAACUUUGCAUGAGCUUUUUUCAUCAAAGCAAAAACCAUAUAGAGAUCAAUAAAAAAGGAGAGAGCUUUAGCUAGAAAAACUAACAACUCUAGCAAAGCUUAAACCUUUACCUUAAAAAUGAGUAGAGAAACAAAUAAUCAUCAUGAGAUUAACUCAGCUCCCAUAACACCAAGACUAUCAUCAACAACACCAACAGUGUCAUGUCCACCAUCGCAAUACCAUUCACCAUCUUUAUCAAGAUCACCUUUGUUAGAUGGAGCUGCACAUGGAGAUGGUCACCCACCACCAAACCAACAACAACAACAACAAUCAUCUCAAAGCAAGACUCCAAAGACACCAAGAACACCAAGAACACCAAGAUUGUCUAUCACACCAAGACAGCUUCUAACACCUUUCAUAACCCCUUUGGGGAGUCCUGUUAGAAAGGCUUUGAGGCUCACAAAACUUGACCCUCAAGAUGCUUGGUUACCAAUUACUGAAUCUAGGAAUGGGAAUCAGUACUAUGCUGCUUUUCAUACUUUGUGUUCUGGGAUUGGUAUUCAAGCUCUUGUUCUUCCUCUUGCUUUCACUAUUCUUGGAUGGACAUGGGGAACAAUAUGCCUAACACUAGCAUUCAUAUGGCAACUAUACACAUUAUGGAUACUAGUUCAACUCCAUGAAUCAUCAGAAACAGGCAUGCGUUACAGUAGAUAUCUCCAACUAUUCAGCCUAACAUUUGGAGAAAGAUUAACAAACAUAUUUGCCUUAUUCCCAAUCCUAUACUUAUCUGGGGGAACAUGUACAACUCUGAUCAUCAUAGGAGGAUCAACAGGAAAAAGUUUCUUCCAAAUAGUGUGUGGACCAGAUUGUGCAAAAGAGUUGACCACAGUGGAAUGGUACUUGGUUUUCACAUGUGUGGCAAUUGUGUUGUCUCAAUUGCCUAAUAUGAACUCAAUUGCUGGUGUUUCACUCAUUGGAGCCAUAACUGCAGUUGGCUAUUGUACUUUGAUUUGGGGUGUUUCUGUUUCUAAGGGAAAACUUCCUAAUGUCUCUUAUGAUCCUGUUAAGGAGGGUGCAAGUGUUAUGGAACAGAUUUUUAGUGUCUUCAAUGCUCUUGGGAUUAUUGCUUUUGCUUUCAGAGGUCAUAAUCUUAUCCUUGAAAUUCAGGCCACAAUGCCAUCUAGUGAGAAGCACCCUUCACAUGUGCCAAUGUGGAAAGGAGUAAGAAUCUCAUACACUUUGAUAGCUGCAUGCCUAUACCCUCUAGCCAUUGGCGGCUAUUGGGCAUACGGCCACUUAAUUCCAGCCAACGGCGGAAUGCUGACAGCGCUCUUCCAAUUCCACUCGAGAGAUGUGUCACGCUUUAUCUUGGGAUUAACAAGUUUCUUUGUCAUAGUAAACGCGCUAUGCUCAUUCAACAUCUAUGGAAUGCCCACAUUCGACGACAUGGAGUCUAAGUACACAAGCAAGAAAAAGAAGGCAAUGCCUUGGUGGCUUAGAGCCUUGUCUAGGGCAUUUUUCGGGUUCUUCUGCUUCUUCAUCGCCGUUGCUUUGCCUUUCUUGGGAAGUGUUGCCGGUCUCAUAGGUGGGCUUGCUUUGCCUGUCACAUUGGCUUACCCAUGUUUCAUGUGGCUUAAGAUUAAGAAGCCUAAGAAAUUAAGUCCCAUUUGGUGCCUCAAUUGGUCACUUGGGGUUUUGGGAAUGUGUCUAAGUGUUUUGGUUAUUGCUGCUGGGCUUUAUGUUGUUAUUGAAACUGGUGUUAAAGUCAGCUUCUUUAAUCCUAGCUAAUUAAUUAAUGUACAUUAAUUACAUUAUUAUCAUGUGUGUAGGGGAAAGAGAAUUAAGUUAGAGAACAAUAAGUAACCCAUGAAUUGUUGUUCUUCUACUUAUAUUUUUUUAUAUUUUGAAACCAAUAUUGAGAUUGUAUUUUUUA